UACGAUACGAUACGAUGCCAUUCCGAGCAUGACUUAUUAUCAUUUGCAUUGAUGUUGAAAUCGGAUUCGUUGCUGUGGAGUCUUGUACGCAUCGAGAUGGAUGAAGAAUAUUCCAGCCCGAGUCGCCAGCAGAGGAUAAUUCUUCUCAAAUCGCUGCCGGAAUCCUUAAGCCCCCGCCGUCUGUUUCGACGAUCCAAUCGCCGCCCCGCGCGAGCCCCAAGCAGUGAGCCAUUUUCCCCUCCGCCACAUCGAGAUCGAGGAGGUCUCUCUCGCUACAGCAUACUCUCCAGUGUGUCCUUCAUCGUCGUUGUAUUUGCCGCGGCCGCAACGGUGUGCUGGCAUCGAAUUUUUCUAUCCCUUGACGGACGUGAAGUCUUAAAAUCCCGCAAAGCGCGUAACGCAGGGGUUUCCAACCAACAGCUGCACUGGCAGCACACACAGAGAAACGUUGCCACGGUCUCAGAUCUGACUGGACGUUUUUCUGGCCUUUUUGAGUCCAAAAAGGACUUUGUUUGAAAGGCGGUCUGGCGAACGGCUCAGAGUGGCUCGUCGUCGUCGGGGUAGCACAAGCGGCAACGGGCUCCCACAACCUCGCCUGCGGACGCCUCGAUUUUGCAUUGAGGAUUCUAGCUCGAAAAGCUCCACGUGUGUCUUGUUACCUGUUUUAAGCCAUCAUGGGAGGUGAUCGUCGUGAGUUUGAUUUAUUAUUGCGGAAUGCGCAGCCAAACCAAUGGUCCCAAUACUCUGUCGGGCAUGCGCAAACAGGUAC